AUGGCCUCCAGCACGUACGCCGUCCUCGGCUCUACUGGAAAUUGCGGCAGGGCGCUGAUCCAGAACCUCCUCGACAAGCCCGACGUCCGGAUCAACGCAUACUGCCGCAACCGAUCCAAGCUUCUUGGGCUCCUCCCCAACUUCAAGGCAGGAGGAAGGAUCGAGAUCUUUGAAGGAAGCAUCCACGAUGUCGAGCUUCUGACCUCAUGCUUGCGCGGCUGCCGAGCUGUCUUUCUGGUUGUCUCGACCAACGACAACAUCCCCGGCUGUCGCCUCGCACAAGACACAGCUGCCGCUGUUAUCGCGUCGCUUCAGCAUCUCAGGCAGCGCUCGGACGAAAGCGAGAUAGCCGAUAGACAACUGCCCAAGCUGAUCCUCCUGUCGUCGGCUACAAUCGAUGACCAUUUCUCUCGUCACGUCCCGUACCUGCUCAGAACGAUCCUCCUCCGCUCGGCAUCCCAUGUCUACCACGACCUGAUCGAAACCGAAAAGCUGCUUCGUGCCCAGGAAGACUGGCUGACGACGAUUUUCAUCAAGCCUGGUGCUCUGUCAGUGGACAUUCAGCGAGGGCAUGCCCUGAGCUUUACCGACGAGGAGAGCCCUUUAUCCUACCUGGAUCUGGCCGGUGGAAUGAUUGAAGCAGCAGACGACGAACACGGCAGCUACUAUAUGAGGAAUAUCAGUGUCGUGAACGCGAAUGGAAAGGCCAAAUUUCCCACAGGCACUCCGAUGUGUAUCUUCAUGGGUCUGCUGCGGCACUUCUUUCCAUUCUUACACCCUUACCUGCCUCUGAACACAGGUCCGGGUUGA